AUGACCCUGGGCUCCCGUAAGCUUUCUCAACUCCUACGAAACGUGGAUCAAGAGCUCGCUCGCUUUGAGGUUGACGGUAACUUGCUUCACGAACUUUGGGUCCAAAAUCUCCGUAAGGCUGUCUGUACGGUCUUGGCAGCAAGAUUUAUUUGUCCCCUCAAUGUUUCGGCCGAAGUAACGGAUAACGCCGUGGUCUUCUACUCACAAGGCAACUCGUUUGGCGGCUCUCCCAUCGCCGAAACAGCUGACCAAUCUAGCGCUAUUGCCACUCGACUGGCGGCUAUCUCAGCUCGCCUAGAUAGAGUUGAACAGAUCACUUCAAAGCCUGUUCAACGAUAA